UUCCAAUAUGACAUUUUAGUUGUCAAAUAUGUUUGGUUGAAUAUUCUCGAUUGGAUAGAUAUACGGUGAAACGCAUAAUUCCCAACAUAUUUUCGAUUACAAGUUUAAAUAAAAACAAUAAAAAUGGCAGAUUCAGAAAGUAAACACCGUGAAAAAUUGGAUAUGUUUUGUUACGUGUGCGGAAAAUAUACUGUGAAAGAAAACAGACGACAUUUGACCGGUUCUAUUCUACUUCGGUAAAUCGGUAUUUAGAAACGUUUCGUGGGCCCCUGAGUUUACUUGCCCUGCGUGCAUUAGUUCUUUGGAACGAUGGUGGAAAAAAAACUCGUUUUCGUUACAUUUUGCAACGCCAAUGGAAUGGUCCGAUCCCGGCACACAUCGUCAAGAAAAUUGUUACGUUUGCGCAAAUGAUAUGUAUGGCAUCAAUCGAAUUAAGGCAAAGAAAUGGAUUUAUCAAGGUGUAGCCAGUGCAAUGGUUCCAACACCACAUGAUGAUGAACAUCCAGUUCCCCAACAUCCAACACAAAUCGACUUUUCUACGGCUUCGGUAAGCUAUCUACCACCAUCGGAACCAACUGAUCCUGCUGAUCCAGACUACGUUCAACCUCCGGCUUUUUGUUUUCCGUCAUUGAUUUCACAAGAACAUUUGGAUCGUAUUGUUCGGAAAUUGCAUUUGUCGCAAAAUAAUGCAAUGACAUUGGCUUCUGAAUUGAGAAGCGUUCAUGUAUUGGCUCCUGGUGUAAAAGUGACAGAAUAUCGACAUCGACAAGAACCAUUUUUGCCGUAUUACACACUCUCUGAAGACGGCACAUACACAUUUUGUCACGAUAUCGUUGGUUUGAUGAAUGCAAUUGGUGUAAAAUAUAAAAAAGAAAAAUGGCGCAUUUUUAUUGACUCAUCAAAAAGAAGUUUGAAGGCUGUCUUGCUAUAUGAGAACAGUACUAUAAAACCAGUACCAAUUUUUUACGGAGUCGGCACGAAAGAAACUGAUGAUUCGAUGGAAAUGAUCAUAAACUCAGUCAACUACAAUGAACACAUGUGGCGUGUCAAUUGUGAUUUCAAAGUACUUGCUUUGUUAACUGGACUCAAUAAAGCAUAUUGUAAAUACUGUUGCCCCUUUUGUAAAUGGGACAGUAGAUGGAAGGGUGGAAAUCAUUAUGAUAAAAAAAAUUGGCCAUUGCGGACCGAGCGUGGACGAGUUGGUUACUACAGCAUUGUUCGUAAACCAAUCAUUGAACGAUCAAAAGUUAUGAUUCCAAAUUUGCAUAUAAAAUUAGGUAUUGUGAAAAGUUUCAUCAAAACGUUGGUUGCCACAAACAUUACCGCAUUUAACCACCUAAAGGACAAUGUAUUCCCGAAACUAACUGUUGGGAAAAUCACUGAAGGCGUACUGAAUGGACCCGAUAUCAGAAAAUUGCUUAAAGAUGAACGAUUUGUUGAAUGCUUGAGCCGACAUCAAGCCAUUGCGUGGGACUCAAUCAAAGCCGUUCUAAAUGAUGUUUUGGGUAACAAUCGGACCGAGAAUUAUCGCGUUCUGCUAGACGAUAUGAUGGAUUCAUUCAAACAACUAGAUGUCCACAUGUCGUUGAAAAUACAUGUUCUUCAUGCUCAUUACGAGUUUCUCGAUAUGCAAAAGCCAACCGAAUCAGAUGAGCCGGGCGAAUGGUUCCAUCAGACCAUCAUGGAAUUUGAAAACCGCUUUGCAGGAAAACGAUUGGACUCAAUGCUUGCUGAUUUUUGUUGGUGGAUUUCACAUGACCAAAUUAGAGUCUAGAGUCAAAUUCACUUAAUUUAAUACUUCAUUUAAUUCAUUUUUUUU